CUCUCCCCGCUGCUCCUUCGACCCCACCCCACCCAAAACCCUACCCCCACCACCGCCGCCGCCCCCCCCCCGCCGGCGCCUUUCUUUUUCUUUCUUCCUCUCUCUAGAAUCUCAGAGCUUCCGUUGGCCAUUGUGAAUAAGCUCUGGUCUUCGUUGCAGGGUUGGAGUGUGAGGACAGGAGUUUUGGAGUGGGAAAUGGCCGGGAUUUCUAGUGAAGAGUCCGGUGCAGGAAGGUCUACGGAGGGGAUUUCAAGUGGGCAGCGUUGUCUCUCUGGGGAAGCCUUAGCAGAAUGGCAGUCCUCUGAGCAGGUGGAAAAUGGAACCCUAUCUACUUCACCCCCUUAUUGGGACUCUGAUGAUGACGAUGAUGGUGGGCCAAAGCCGUCUGAAUUAUAUGGAAAGUUCACGUGGAAGAUAGAGAAAUUUUCUCAAAUUAACAAAAGGGAACUUCGCAGUAUUGCUUUUGAGGUUGGCGGCUACAAGUGGUACAUCUUGAUCUAUCCCCAGGGUUGUGAUGUUUGCAAUCAUCUCUCUUUGUUUCUUUGUGUAGCUAAUCAUGACAAACUUCUUUCAGGUUGGAGCCAUUUUGCUCACUUUACUAUAGCUGUGGUAAAUAAAGAUCCUAAGAAAUCGAAAUAUUCUGAUACAUUACAUCGCUUUUGGAAGAAAGAGCAUGACUGGGGAUGGAAAAAAUUCAUGGAGCUGUCAGAAGUAUUAGAUGGGUUUAUUGAUGCUGACACUCUUAUAAUAAAGGCGCAAGUCCAAGUCAUCAGGGAGAAAGCAGACCGGCCCUUUCGCUGCCUUGAUUGUCAAUAUAGGAGAGAGCUUGUUAGGGUAUACUUGACAAAUGUAGAGCAAAUUUGUCGUCGUUUUGUCGAAGAGAGAAGAAGCAAACUCGGAAAAUUGAUAGAGGAUAAAGCUAAAUGGUCAAGCUUCUGCUCCUUCUGGGUGGGAAUUGAACAAAAUGCCAGGCACCGUAUGUCCAGGGAGAAGAUGGAUGCAGUCCUGAAAGUAGUCGUUAAGGACUUUUUUAUUGAGAAAGAAGUCACAUCUACGUUGGUAAUGGACUCAUUGUAUAGUGGUUUAAAGGCUCUUGAAGGUCAAACCAAGUCCAAGAAAAGUAAGGUGAAACUAUUGGAUGCUGAAGAAAUGCCAGCACCAAUUGUUCAUGUAGAGAAAGAUAUGUUUGUAUUGGUGGAUGAUGUUCUGAUGCUACUUGAGAGGGCUGCCUUGGAACCAUUACCUCCAAAAGAUGAGAAGGGUCCUCAAAAUCGUACAAAAGAUGGAAAUUCUGGAGAGGACUUCAACAAAGAUUCUAUUGAGCGGGAUGAAAGACGUCUUACGGAAUUGGGUCGUAGGACUGUAGAAAUAUUUGUCCUUGCUUAUAUUUUCAGCAAUAAAAUUGAAGUUGCCUAUCAUGAAUCUGUUGCAUUGAAGAGGCAAGAGGAACUCAUCCGUGAGGAAGAAGCAGCAUGGCAGGCUGAAAGUGAGCAGAAGGCAAGGCGAGGAGCUACUGGAAAGGAAAAGAAGUCCAAGAAAAAACAGGUUUGAUUCUGUUCUAUGUAUUAUCUUGUUUAGAAUGUAAAUGUGACAUUUCAGAGUGUUUAGAUGAUUAUGAUAUCCCAGACUGUCCUAUUAAUGUGAAUCAGUAGUGGAGUCUGACACCUUAUGUCCUCAACAGUUAUCAGCUGGACUGCUGAAUUUGUUAAUGACAUCUUAAUUCCUUUUCUCUCA